CUUUCCCCUUUCCUCCUCGCUAUGUUUUGAAACCACGGCACGGCGUAAUCACAACGCGUUGGUUAUUCAAUUUCUGUUGUUUCUGAAGAAACUGAAUUAUUGCGAAUGCUCUGAUAAGUUCUGUUGAAAUUCACCAUGGAGAAAGCCAAUGCUAAGGCGAAAUCGGCUGCACCCACUGUGGAUCAAAUAAAUUCCGACCGCAUCACUGAGCUUUCUAACAAGUAUUGGGCUCCUUACACCGAGUCCAGUCAUUUGCCUUUUGAUCCAACUGUUGUUCAGGACAUAUAUGUGAAAGAAAUCUAUGGAUCCAAUUUUUCUGUGCGGAGAACAAUGAUGCUUGAAUUUAGCCAGUGCCUUGAAAAUUUUCUCUGGCCCAACUAUGUCACUGAUGAAUCAUCUCAAGCCCACAUGAUGUCCAUAGUUAUUUUAUUGAAUGAAAAGUUUCGAGAACGGGUGCCAGUCUGGGAGGCAUUCAAGAAAAGACCAGAGCACUUUCCUGGCUUCUUCCAACAGGUUUUGGAGUGUUGUCUGAAAGAUACCUCUGCUUGUUCACUGAAAGAACAAACUGCUUUACUUGUAUUCCUGAACCAUUGUUUCAACAGUAUGGAGGUGGAUCUUAUUCGUGAGCAAGUCAAGAGGCUUGUGUCAUUAUCUAUGUGGGUGUCUCUACAGCAGGGUCGACGGGAGCAGGAGUUAAAAUUAGUUCCCAAGUGGAAAAAGUUCUGGAAAGUAUUACAAAAAAAAGAUUCCCCUGAACUUCGUGAAAAACUGGAGUGGGAGCGCAAAUUCUUGCAUAGACUUAUGCUGAAGUUCCUUGACGUACUUGAGAAAAUACCACCAGAAGAUGAAGGUUCCGUGUCUUCAGAUGUUUUAAGGUACUGUGAGCGGUUCCUGGAGUUUGUAAUUGAUUUGGAGGCUCUCCUUCCCACACGCCGGUUUUUCAACACCGUUAUGGAUGAUUGCCACCUUGUAGUCCGAUGUCAACUUUCAAAUCUUGCCAACCGUGCUGAUGGCAACCUCUUCAUGCAGCUUCUGGAGAUGCUGAAGUUUUAUGCCCGUUUCGAGAUCAACGAUGAGACGGGUGAUCCGUUGACAGACCACGACAUGACGCAGGUUCACUACUCCAAAAUUACAUCACUCCAAAAAGCCGCCUUUGCCAAGUUCCCUGAUUUACGCAUGUUUGCCCUCACCAAUGUUGCCAGUGUAGACACGCGAGAAAGUCUUCUGGAACAUUUUGGAUCACUCAAGACUGAGAAGCUGCAAGCAAUUGCAACUUACUUGAAUCUUGUGCCUCCUGCUGAAAGACAGCACAUUGAGGAUUGGGUCCGAAGAGAUCAUGAGUUUCUGUUAGAAUUGCUGGUUUCCCGGCAUGAGAGAAGGGCUUCUCAACUGGAGCUAUUGAAUGAAAUGCCUCUUUACCCCACUGAGGAAAUAAUAUGGAAUGAAAAUAUUGUUCCUACUGAGUAUUUCAGUGGUGAGGGCUGCCUUGCAUUGCCGAAAUUGAACCUUCAAUUCCUCACGCUCCAUGAUUACCUCCUCAGAAAUUUCAAUUUGUUCCGUUUGGAAUCAACCUAUGAAAUUCGGCAAGACAUUGAAGAUGCUGUUAGCAGACUGAGUCCAUGGAAAGCAGAGGAUGACAGUGUUUAUUUUGGAGGAUGGGCAAGAAUGGCUCAGCCCAUAGUAAAUUUUGCUGUAGUUGAAGUAGCUAAACCUAAUAUUGGUGAAAAUCAUCCGUCAAGAGUGCGAGCAGAUGUUACAGUCAAUCUCAAUGUUAGGAGGGAAAUUAAAAAUGAAUGGGAAAACCUGCGGAAACACGAUGUGUGUUUCCUCAUCACUGUGCGCCCUUCAGUACCGAUUGGCACACGCUACAACUAUCGGGAACCCUUUUUGCCUCAAGUGGGCCUGGUCUAUGUUAGAGGCUGUGAAAUGGAAGGUAUGCUGGACUCCAAUGGGCGUGUUGUGGAGGAUGGCCCAGAACCGAAACCUGUUCUUCCUGGAGACUCACGUACUUUCAGAGUGUGGUUGGACUGCAAUCAGUAUCGUAAUGACAUGGACAAUAUUGCUCAGAAUGGUGGCGAGGAUGUGUAUGAAACCUUCAACAUUCUCAUGAGAAGAAAACCAAAAGAAAAUAAUUUCAAAGCAGUCCUGGAAACUAUUCGAAAUCUUAUGAACACUGAAUGUGUGGUUCCAGACUGGUUGCAUGAUAUCAUUUUAGGAUAUGGUGACCCAAGUGCAGCUCAUUAUUCAAGAAUGCCCAAUGAGAUUGCUAAGCUAGACUGGAAUGACACAUUCCUAGAUUUGGAUCAUCUUCGGGACAGUUUUCCCAACCAUGAGGUGAAAGUUAGAACUAAUGACCCGACUAAGUUGGUGCCUCCAUUCAUACUUACAUUUGAAGAAGUAAUUGAGAAACAAAAUGCGAGACAUGAAGACAGAGAGCCAGACCUAGACAAGAAACAGGUGAUAGUUGUGGAGCCUCAUGUAAUUCCCAGCCGAGGCCCUUAUCUGUAUAAUGAGCCCAAAAGAAAUUCUAUCAGAUUCACUCCAACACAAGUUGAGGCUAUCCGCGCUGGCAUGCAGCCUGGAUUGACCCUUGUUGUAGGUCCUCCUGGAACAGGCAAAACUGAUGUGGCUGUUCAAAUUAUUUCAAAUAUUUACCACAAUUGCCCUUCUCAGCGCACUCUCAUUGUUACACAUUCUAACCAAGCCCUCAAUCAGUUGUUUGAAAAAAUUAUGGCAUUGGAUGUUGAUGAAAGACAUCUUCUUCGUCUUGGUCAUGGAGAAGAAGCUCUGGAGACAGAGAAAGACUUCAGCAGAUAUGGUCGAGUAAACUAUGUCCUUGCUAAACGCUUAGAGCUCCUGCAAGAUGUCCAACGUCUUCAAGAUUCUUUAGGAGUUACGGGAGAUCAAGCUUAUACAUGUGAGACUGCUGGUCACUUUUUCUUAUAUCAAGUUCUUGCCAGAUGGGAACGGUUUCUAGCUAGUGUGAAGCGAGUUGGCAAGAAGGCUGUUCCUCUCAACCUAGUCAGUGAUGAGUUUCCAUUCCACAAAUUCUUUGAUGAUGCUCCAAAGCCUCUCUUCAAAAAACGUAGCUAUGAGGAAGAUAUGGAAAUAGCAGAUGGAUGUUUCAGGUAUAUUGAAAAGAUCUUCACUCAAUUGGAAGAAUUUAGAGCAUUUGAGUUACUGAGAAGUGGCUUGGAUAGGUCCAAGUAUCUUCUGGUGAGAGAAGCAAGAAUUAUUGCUAUGACUUGUACUCAUGCUGCUUUGAAACGUAGUGAACUCGUAAACUUAGGUUUUAAAUAUGACAACAUUUUGAUGGAAGAAUCAGCACAAAUUUUAGAAAUUGAAACUUUCAUACCCCUACUUUUACAAACACCUCAAGAUGGCUUCUCUCGCUUAAAGAGGUGGAUCAUGAUAGGAGAUCACCACCAGCUCCCACCUGUGAUCAAGAAUAUGGCAUUCCAGAAAUUUUCAAAUAUGGAACAGUCACUGUUCACUAGAAUUGUGAGAUUGGGUAUACCUACAGUUGACCUGGAUGAGCAAGGCCGUGCCAGACCAAGUAUUUGCAAUUUGUAUAACUGGCGAUACAAGAAGCUGGGCAAUUUACGUCAUGUGCAGACAUGGCCAGAAUAUUGUGUUGCCAACGCUGGCUUCCACCAUGAUUUCCAGUUAAUAAAUGUGGAAGACUUCAAUGGAGUGGGUGAAUCAGAACCCAGUCCCAACUUUUACCAAAAUCUGGCAGAAGCUGAGUACUGUGUGGCAGUCUUCAUGUACAUGCGACUCAUUGGAUAUCCUGCUGAGAAAAUUUCAAUUCUCACAACGUACAAUGGUCAAAAACACUUGAUACGUGAUGUUGUCAAUAUUCGCUGUGCCAAGAACCCCUUGAUAGGAUUGCCUCACAAGAUCACCACUGUGGAUAAAUACCAGGGUCAACAGAAUGACUACAUCCUUCUGUCCCUUGUGAGGACCAAAACUGUGGGUCACUUGCGAGACGUCCGCCGAUUAGUGGUGGCCAUGUCUCGUGCCCGCUUGGGACUGUAUGUGUUUGCUAGAGUGUCCUUGUUCAAAAACUGUUUUGAACUGACACCAGCUUUCCAUCAGCUUAUGGAACGUCCCUUGAAUCUUCACCUUGCUGUUGAUGAGACCUACCCAUGCACUCGGCCAGUCGAUCAGGCCCCAGCUAAUCCCCCCAUGGAGGUUCAAGAUAUGCCUCAAAUGGCGCAGUUUGUAUAUGACUACUACAUUGAGAAGGUUCAAGCAAUGAAGAAUGCAUUUUACGAUGCUCAAAAAGUUUGGGAGAAGCCUGGGACAGUUUCAUCAAGUGUCCCUGAUAGGAAUGUUUCUGAACAUCCUGGCGGUGAUAGGGACACUGAUGAUGAAGAUGAGGGUGAGCAGGAGCAGGGUGCAUCAAAGAAAAAGGAAGUAAUUCCAAUUCAAGAAGAAGCAAUUGAAGACCAACAGGUCGAUGGAGCUAUAGCCCCAGAGGUCAUGGAGACUGAGGAGGCGGGAGCACAAAUGGAGGCUGAAAAUGGAAAUAGCAGUGAGCAGGCAGAGUCACAAAUGGAAGCUGAAGAUGACGAUAGCAAUGAAUAACGAGAUGUAAUACCAUUGUACUAAAUUUUGACCGCUAUGUAUUUUUAUCAAAUCAUUUUUUAAUUUUCUUUUUUCAUAAGUGACAUGAAAUACCAUCAACCCAUUGCAAUUCUGUUAUAACAUGUACAGCUUAUCUUAUGUACUGUGUCAGUACAUUCCAUUGUAUAUAGUUUGUAAAUAAAUCAUGCUAGUUUUGUGGCAAUGUAAGU